AAUGUCAAUGGACGUAGAAAAAUCGUCCAAACAGAAGCGAUUUUCCUUUUCGCCUCUCUGAUCUAAUACCCACCCACAAAAAGCUCGACUUCGUGCGAAGAUACUCACAAGCUUUGCUCCUGUCCUAAUCACGCUUCGAUUUCUCGGAGUCUCGCAGCUCAGGUUUUAGUGGCUUUCAGAGUGAAGCAGGUAGACGAAGACAUCAUGCUAGGUUCUGGUAACAAUUUGAGCAGGGGAACCAUUGGAUUGUCAUCUGAUGCUCCGAAUUUGUCGCAAGUCUUAACAUUGGAGCCGAUUAGAUUAGGCAAUCCAAGCUAUACUCGUUCAGGAGAGCUUAGAAGGGUCCUCGGCGUCCCUACCAGGGCCUCAUCAGAAGAUAAUUCUUUUGGAAUGUCUCAUCCGAAACCUUCUCCUCCUGGAGCAACGGAGGAGCUCAAGCACUUCAAAGAAAGUGUGCAAGAUACUUCCAGAGAGGCUGGGGAUCUAGCAAAGAAACUAAGUGAAUCCAUAUUUAAGUUGGACAAAUAUGCGGAGACAUUAAGUUCAAAGAAACGACGGCGAAAUGAUACACCCCCGGGUGAGAGAAUGGACGCAGCUAACUUUGACAAGGUCAGAAACCAGGUUCCGAGAACAUUAGACAGUAUGGCUCAAAGACCCGAGGAAAGAAAAAAGAUGCUUGGAUUGAACAAGCGUGCUCGUACCACUGUUGGAGAUGUGCGGGCGGAUGGUAGAGUUUCUACUCUUGCAAGGCAGCAGGUUAUAGAAAGGGGAUCUGAUUCACCUCCAAGUGUUUCUGGAGAAACAGUGCGAAUGGAGGAGAAGAUACGCAGAUUGCCUGUUGGUGGUGAAGGAUGGGAAGCAAGAAUGAAAAGAAAACGGUCUGUUGCAACUCUAGGCAACAGAGUUAUGAAUCCUGAUCAACGUGUCAUGCAGCCAAAGCCGACAGUUGACUCUAAGUUGCGUUCUUGUGACACCCAAAACUUAAGAUUGAAAUCUUCCGCCGGGGUCAGUGGGAUUAACAGAACUGAGUCUUCAUUUGAGCCAGACAGUCCAGGUAUGGGUGCAUUAUCCAGGAAUGAGUUGGAAACUGCUUCACUUGCAAGGGACCGGUCAGUACUUGCUGAGCAGAGGCUUAUGGCUAAGGGAAACAAUAAAAGAAACUUACAAGAUGAUAGCCCCACAAAUAUCUCUACUGCAAUAUUGAAAGGAAAGGUUUCUAGGGCUCCAAGAACAGCAGCCGUUAUAGGUGUUGAUUCUUCAUCCAUAGUCGAGUCUCCAUCUGGAGUAGUACAAGGUUCAUCUGCACAUGGAAUGGCUCAGUGGGGUGGCCAGAGACUUAAGAAUUCUCGAACCAGAAGAACGAAUGUAGUUUCGCCUGUUAUCAGACAUGCUGAAACCAAGUUCUCAGCUCAAGGUUUUGCAACAUCUGAUUUCAGUCCUAAAGCAUCCCCUGGAACCACCGGGUCACUCUCAGUUGUUGAUAGUAGCCCUUUAAAAGUGAAAAGGGAGCUGAAGAAUGCUUCAUCACCAUAUGGGUUAUCCGAAAGUGAGGACUCCGGUGCUGGUGACAACAAAACAAGGGAGCGUGCUCUUGCUAGUGGUGACUUGUUCACAACUCCUAAAACAGGGUCACCAUUAUUACCUGUAAGGAAAAAUAAGUUUCAAACUAGUCAUAAAGGAGGUGGUGCAUGGAAGCAAGGAAAGAAUGAAACUGUUUAUGGCUUUCACCCUGGGAUGGUUAAAUCCGAGAAUCUAUCAGUAGAGAAGCCUCUGCACAAUGUCAAGAUCGCGUCAGAUAAGAAUCGAAGCAAAUAUGGGCGUCCACCAGCGAAAAAGGUUAAAGAUCGUAAACCUUCUACUCGUCUUGCCUCAAAUUCGAAUUCCACUCCUUCAAAUAUUACAGGUGAAUCAGAUGAUGAUCGUGAGGAUAUUUUUGCAGCAGCUAAUUCAACACGGAAGGCAGCGAAUCUUGCUUGUUCUGGCAAGUUUUGGAAGAAGAUGGACCACAUCUUUGCUGCCAUCAAUACAGAUGACAUGCAAAACAUAAAGGAUCAGCUUAAUUUUGCGGAAGAACUCGAUGAAUCUCUGUCAGAGGCAAUCUUAGAUGGCUAUAACAUCAUGGGUAUCAAGUUGCCGAAAACACCACAUCGCAUUUGUGAGGGAAUUGUUGACUAUUCAGGUCCAGCGUCAUCAUGUAAAUCUGAUCUUUCAUUUGAGAGAUUGGACAUGAGAAAGUUGAAUGAGAGUACUCCGCUGUAUAAGAGGGUACUUUCUGCCUUAAUUGAGGAAGACGAUGGAGAAGAAGUUGUACAAUUCAAUGGAGGGAAGAAUCUGUCCCUUCAUUACGCUAGUGAUGAUUCUCACAGUGGUUCGUGUACCUUUAUUGACACCGAGUUCAGAGAGAGAGACAGAAUGGAAUUUGAAGUAGAGUCAAGCGGGGAUUUUCAGACCCCGAAGAGUUGUUUGUUUGACCGAUUUUCCAGUGAGAGGAGUGGUGUGUCUAACCCUUUCAGAAAUGGUGGCAUGUCUGUAUCUGCGCAUAGCAAUGAACAGUGGUUGGAUGAUGAUCUUUCUCAUUCGGAUGCGCCACUCGGUGGUGAGACAUUUUCGAAUGGUCUGGGUCAAUUGCAAGCUAGGGAAGUGAACAUUCCCAACUUCCCAGUAUCUGACACCCAGUAUCAGCUUAUGUCUUUGGACGAGCGACUUCUUCUGGAAUUACAGAGCAUUGGCGUGUUUCCUGAGGCAAUGCCUGAUCUGGCCGAAGAAACUAUGAGCACAGAUGUUAUGGAGUUGAAGGAAAGCAUUUAUCAGCAGAUCCGAAACAAGAAGGAAAAGCUCGAGAAGCUAAAUAUUUCCAUCCAGAAGGGGAAAUAUGAUGAGAAAAGGAAAAUUGAGCAUCUUGCUAUGGACCACCUUGUGGAAACAGCACACAAGAAAAGAAUGGCAUCCCGUGGAAAUAAAGCAUAUAAAGUCCACAAGGUGACAAGACAAGCGGCCCUGGCGUUCACCCGGCGGACACUUGCCAGGUGUCAGAAGUUUGAUGAGACUGGUCUCAGCUGUUUUGCCGAUCCUGCACUUCGAGACAUCCUGUUUUCAUCUCCCAGCAACGAUGCAAAAUCAUCAGAAAAUGGCGGCUCUGGAACAGCCAGUAACACGCUCAAUGAACCUUCUAAUCACCAGGCUGAGGCCAAGGGUUCAGGUGCAGUGUCUAGUACGAAGAGGAGAGAAGCACUGAUAGACGAUGUUAUCGGAUGCGCUUCAUCCAAAGUGACAACGAGUAUAGAUAGCGCGGUUCUUAAUGCAGGAGGUGCUGCUAGAGGUAAGAGAAGCGAGAGAGAAGACAGUUUCAGGAACAAGAACAAACCGAAACCCAAAGAAAAGAAUAAUAACGAAAACCAAACAAGAUCAACGACAACAACUCACCCGACAGGUCCAGCAGGCAGAGGCACCUCGAACCGAGGAGGGACCUCUGGAGAUGGUGCAGUAGAUGAAGAAGCUCCUAUAGAUUUCUCGAAGCUAGCGUUCCAUGAUCUAGAGGAGAUAGGUGAGCAGGCAGAUAUUGGAAACUGGUUUGAGGGUCUACAAGAUAUUGAUACAGCAGGGCUUGAUGAGGUUCCCAUGGAUGACCUAUCUUUUAUGUUUGGGUAAAUGAGGAAAAUUAUAUAUGACAGAGAGGAAUUGGGUCUGACCCACCACAAGUAUUAUUAAUUUCUUAAGUUGUAUAUAAAGAGAUCUGUCUGCCUUGAAGUGGCGUGUAUUGAACUAUGAUUUAAUAUAUUAAAAUAUGUUAUUUUCCA